AUGGAAACAGAAGGUAAUACAGAAGAAAUAGAAAUCCUUGAAGAAUUAUCAAAUGAUGCUAACCAAGAAAAUUUAUCAAAUACUUCAAGAAGGUCAACAAUUGCAUUAACUCACCAAAAUCCAUUACAAAAAACUAUAUUUGAUAAUUUGUUUGAUGUUCCACAACAACAAGAAGAUGAAUUAACCAAAUAUUUAAAUAUGUCAAAUGUAGCAGGUGAUGUUGAUCUGCUUG